GGCCUAGAGAUUACACCACUCUUCUUCCUCAUGUAAACUCUCUCUCUCUCUCUCUGUUCCAUUCUUUUCCCUUCCUUCUAUGCAUUUUAAUUUUUCCCUUUUUUUAAUUUUAUUUUUUUCAUUUCUGUAACUUCUCGUCAAAGACAGCUCGGGGGAAAAUAGAAAAUAAGUUAAUAAAUCAAAAACCCUUUUAACGAUGGAGUUUGGUGGUGUUACUACAACCACAUCCGCAGCAACCGCAGAGGCGCCGCCACCGCCACAAUCGAACGAUGCGGCCGCUACAGAAGCUGCGGCAGCUGCAGCGACAGUUGGAGCUUUUGAGGUGUCGGAGGAGAUGAACGACCGUGGGUUCGGCGGAAACCGAUGGCCGCGGCAGGAAACGGUGGCGCUGCUGAAAAUACGAUCUGACAUGGGUUUAGCGUUUCGAGACGCUAGCGCUAAAGGUCCCUUGUGGGAAGAGGUUUCCAGGAAAAUGGGGGAACUUGGUUACACAAGAAACGCAAAGAAAUGCAAAGAGAAAUUCGAAAACGUUUACAAAUACCACAAACGAACCAAAGAAGGUCGUACCGGUAAAUCCGAAGGCAAAACUUAUCGCUUCUUUGAUCAAUUAGAAGCUCUCGAAUCUCAUCAACAUCAACAACAACAACAUCAACCGCUUCAACCGCAACCACCUCUACGAUCGCACAACAACAACAGCUCAAUGUUCUCCACUCCUCCUCCGGUAACUGCUAUUAUUCCCCCGACAACUACACCUUCGUUUCCAAACAUCUCCGGAGACUUCCUCUCGGAGGAUAAUUCGACAUCUUCUUCCUCUUCUUACUCCACUUCCUCCGACGCCGACAUUGGCGGGAGGAAUAAGAAGAAGAGGAAGAGGAAGUGGAAGGAGUUUUUCGAGAGGUUGAUGAAACAGGUUGUUGAUAAGCAAGAGGAGCUUCAGCGUCAGUUCCUGGAAGCCGUCGAGAAGCGUGAGCGCGAGAGAAUGGUCAGAGAAGAGUCUUGGAGAGCUCAAGAGAUGGCUCGCGUCAACCGCGAGCACGAGAUCUUAGCUCAAGAACGCUCCAUGUCCGCGGCUAAAGACGCCGCGGUCAUGGCGUUUCUCCAGAAGUUUUCAGAGAAACCAAGUCAAUCAACCGCGCCACCGCAACCUCAACCGCAAACGCAGGUUAAUAACAACAACAAUCAAACGCCUCAACCGCCCCAACCGCCUCAACCGCCGCCUCCGGUUCCGCAGCCAGUGGUGGUACAAACCUUAGACAUUGUGAAAACAGACAAUGGUGAGCAGAACAUGACCACUCCGGUGUCUGCUUCCGGGGUGAGCUCGUCGCGGUGGCCGAAAGUGGAGAUAGAGGCGUUGAUAAAGCUGAGGACGAAUCUUGAUUCCAAGUAUCUAGAGAACGGACCGAAAGGACCGUUGUGGGAAGAGAUAUCGGCGGGAAUGAGAAGGUUAGGAUUCAACAGGAACUCAAAGAGAUGCAAAGAGAAGUGGGAGAACAUAAACAAAUACUUCAAGAAAGUCAAAGAGAGCAACAAGAAACGGCCUCAAGACUCCAAGACUUGUCCUUACUUCCACCAGCUUGAUGCUUUGUAUAGAGAGAGGAACAAAUACAACAACAGCUUGGCAUCUUCUUCCUCAACUAAACCGGAUAAUUCGGCUCCUUUGAUGGUCCAACCGGAGCAGCAAUGGCCUCCUCCUGCAACGGUGGCUCAUCCUCCUCCUGCUCAGCCGUUGGAUCAGAACUUUGAUGAUGAUGAAGGUACAGAUGAAGAAGAAGACUACGACGAUGAGGAAGAGGAGGAAGAGAAUGGAGAAGAAGAGUUUGAGCUAGUGCCAAGCAAUGAUAACAAGACGACGAAUAAUGUGUGAUGUGAGGAUAGUGGUUCGGGUUCGAACCGGAUUGGUGGUGAAAGAUUAGUAAAUCUUUGUUUUUAAGUUUUGAUACAGAAGAUGAGAAUUUAAAUAUUGGAUGGGGGUGCUUUUUUUCUUCUUAUCUUUGUUUUUUAAGUUAUACUGAGAAAAGGUUACUAAGAGAGUAAGUUGAAAAAUAAAAUAAAUGUGAUUUAACUA